CUGAAACAUUUCUCUAUUUUUUUUAAUGAAUAUUAUUUUAAAAUUACCCAACAGAUGGCCGAACCAAGCUCAAAUUGCAAGGAGGGUAGUUACUUUCCGUCUUCGGUCACUGUUUUCAGACUUUGUGGCUCCGACGAGGGGUAGGAGGAGGUUAACGACCUUAAUUGCGGCGGAAUGAGGACGGUGGUGACUAUCUUCAUAAACCCGUGAAUAGUACAGCUUUAUUUUCUUCUGGAAGAUGCAUCCUCCUUUGACACUACACAGGCACCCAAUGUGUGCUGAGGUGAGCUUAUCUUGUUUUAUUAUUGCUUGGUUUCGGUAAAAUGCUUAUUGUUAGUUGUUGCUUCUAAUAGUACAAAGUUACGUUCUUUUAUUUGAGGCUAUAGGUUAGCAGUUGUUUGGAGUCUUUCGACACAAUCUUGCGCAGAGGUCAUUUAAGGAACAUAUCGUUGUGAAAGUUGUAAUCUUUAUUGGUUCAUCAUCUAGUUGCAAAUAAAAGUUGAAAGUCUUUAUAUAUUUUUCCAAAUAAGAUUUGACAAGCAAUAUUGUUGGAUUGAUAUGACAAGAUGUUACUUUUCCUGCAUCCAGUGAAAUUUUAAAGUACUAAUUCUAGUUGCUAAUUCAAAUGCCGAAUCUUUGUUGCUGAUUGUUGUGGAGUUCUGGAAGUGUCAUUAGAUCAUCUUUGUUGCUGACAUAUCAUGCAUGCACAUAUAAAAAUAUUAGUAGAGUACAAAAUUAGACUAACAUGAACCUUUUAGAUGGAGUUGUCGGCUGAAAGAUUUGGAAAAUGAACUGGAGAAGAUCCAAGAAGGUAUAUAUUAAUUGUUAGAAGAGAAUAACAAACAAACCAAAGGUAAUAAGAGGUUAUGAUAAUGAAGGAACUAAAGAUAUGAAGGUAGAUAAAUUACUUUUCUUGCUGACUGAAAAAUUUACCACCAGGGAUAGAUGAUGGAACGUCUCUUAGCCCGCCAUUAAUAUAACGUGAGUGCAUAUCAGAGUUACAGAGAUCUGUGCUGUGUGCAAGCUCUAUAUAAAAAAUUAGAGCAGAUAUGGGGUUGGCUAGAAUUGUGGUGUGCUUCUUGCAAGAAACAAGUAACAAGCUUGUCCCGCUCAUCAGAUGGUUGCUUGCUUACUGUGCUGCAACACUUCAUUUUGUUCUUCAUCAUCACUUGACUAAAUCAAAUCAACAAUGGUUGGUGCUUUCUUCCCACUGUUUCUGUGUUUCAUGUUCGGUAAACUUGCUUCUUGCCUUCUUGCCUUCUUGCCAACACUCUCAAUGCCAGGCUGAUGCUGUUUUUCCUGGUACGAAUGUCAAUUUGGUUUUCAGGAUAGGAACUACGAAACCACCGUGGCAAUAACUGAGGAAGAGAAUUUUUAGGAUAACUCUGGUUUACCUCCUGUGAAGGUUGAUUCCUCUGUGUCCUCAUCUUCAGUUUCUGCAGCACGGUACAGGAGUCACCAAGCACCUGCCUAGUAACGGGCGAUUUAGAUUUUUUG